AGCGGAAGCGAGCGGUUAGAAGACUUCCGGGAGGCUACACGUGUGGAGAGCUGGGUCAGGAGAAGAGCCGCCAUGUUGGACCGCGAGGAGGACAGCGCCUCGGAGUCGGACUCUGACUUUGAUGCUUCAGAACUGACGGAUAAAGAGCUGCAAGAAGCCUUCAAGCGGGGGGAUCUGAAGCCUGGGCUGAAUCUAGUGCUGGACGAGAAGAGGAAGCUUCCGAACGAUGUGAACGGACUAAAGCAAAGUCUUAAAGAUCUGAAGAAAGACCUGCCCUGGGUGGAGCGUCUGGAUGUGACAACGGCCCCCGUACCAGACCCAGCGGUGCAGAACGGGGUGGAGGCUCAGGGUGCGGAUGUGGAUGCUGAGGAUGAUUUCAAAAGAGAGAUGUGCUUUUAUCGUCAAGCACAGGCCGCGGUGCUCCUCGCUUUGCCACGUCUUAUUAAAUUGAAAGUCUCCACUAAUCGUCCUGAAGAUUAUUUUGCAGAGAUGGCAAAAACUGAUCAACACAUGCAGAAGGUCCGAAAGAAACUUCAAGCCAAACAGAUCUCAAUGGAAAAAUCUGAAAAAGCCAAGCAGCUGCGAGCUCUGCGGAAGUACGGGAAAAAGGUGCAAGUGGAAGUUUUACAGAAGAGGCAGAAAGAGAAAUCCCACAUGAUGAACCAGGUCAAGAAGUAUCAGAAAGGUCUGUCUGAUAAGCUGGAUUUUCUAGAGGGCGAUCAAUCUCAACAGAAAUCUGGUGGAGUAAACCCCAAGUCUAAGAAAGGACCAAACGCCAAAAGACAAUACAAAGACCAGAAGUUUGGAUUCGGUGGGAAGAAAAAGGGGUCAAAAAUGAACACAAAGGAAAGUUUUAAUGAUGUGUCUGGGUUCCGAGCACGUGUGGCACAUGGAAAAGGUCCCCACAGACCCGGGAAGAAGGGAGGCAAGAACGCAAAUAAGAGACCGGGUAAGCGGGUGCGGCAGAAGAUAAAGAAUAAGGGAAGAUAAGUGGCGGAUCGGGCAGUGUUUGGCGGUGACCUCCGGGCUGUAUAUUAUCAGAGACUUUGUGAAUGGAGCAUUAUUUCCCUGCGGGGCUGCGCUCUCUCAUAGUUUUGUAUGGAAUAAGUUUUAUGAUUAAAUGAGACGGGUGGAACCACAGCGGCUUUAGAGUGAAGAGAAUGCUCAGGCUGGAACAGUAAGGGCCCAAGUGUCUGAGGGCCAAGCCCAGACCUUAAGGGCUGGUGCAGGUCUCCAUAUAAUUCUAGUGAUAGGUUAUUUAACCUAAAAAAUAAAAACCUCAUGACGCUUGA